UGAGCGCGGUGAUCGAUGGCGAAGCGACGAUAUUCUUUAGGUUUGUUCUAUUCCCCUUUUCUGCUCUCACCUCAUCCUCGGGGUUUCAAGAUUUGCGUUUCCAGGGUGGAAGGCCACCUUUGUACCAAAUGUGCCGAUGAGAGUCGGAAAGCGGCCAUUCAUGGAAUCUCAACUGGCUUCGGCUAGAGAGCUUCACAACACUACCAACGCUUUCUGUGGCUACAACCUGCUGUCUACCUUGUUCUGUGUUUACUCAAGCGCGCUUAUUUGGAUUAUUGGUUUGGGGACACCGGAGUCUGGCGAACGGCGUACCGAGCGUUUUCUGCACCUGGUAUGUACUGGCCUCCUCUUAGUGCGCAAGUAUUUUGUGCUACUUGUUUCCAUGAGCACUCUGCUCACUUUCUUUCUUCUCUUAUACAGGUGGAGCGUUGGCUUCACGGCUUAUGGGUGGUGGAACUGGGAGGGUAGGAAUAGCUGGAUAGGUCAGGAUACCAAAGGGGUUCGUCCCAUUUAUCUUAUUUCGAGUUGCUACUUCUUUACUUGUGUAUGGGGGUCGUGCUGUGUGAGUCAUUCGAGGUGGUUAAAAGGACCAAAAGGUUGGAUUGCGAUAUCUCUGUCUGGUGGCAUCUCUUACGAGUACUUAACAGUUUGAAAUCUAUUGGUAUCUCAUGAGAGGUUGCGAUCAAUUGUGAUACACAUCUACGCAAGUCAUCGACAAAAAGCAAGACUUGAAUUUGGAUUCCUACUACACAAA